GGAGAAAGGAAAGUAGACGGCCUGUCAUAUGCUCUACUUCCCUCACGCAAACAUCAGGGUGCUGUUAUGGCAUUUUCCAUCCCCGUGCAUCGAGUGGCUGUCCUUCAGUUCCUCCUGUUCGUAACCACAUGUAACGGGAGGAAAGCUAAUGAUGUUGACUUCUACAACUUAAUUCCACCUGUAGAUGUGACCCCUUUCCCGAAGAGCUUCAAGUGUUUCACUUGUGAACGAGCCUCUGACAACUAUAACUGCAACCGCUGGGCAGAGGACAAGUGGUGCCCUCAGAAUACAAAGUUCUGUAUCACAGUCCAUCGCUUCUCCAGUCAUGGGAAGAGCCGCUCUGUGACCAAGCGUUGCGCAGUCAGGGACGACUGCCUUGCAGUGGGCUGCCAUCACAACGGCGACACUAGCCACACAGAGUGUACCUCAUGCUGUGAGGGCAUGGUCUGCAAUGUGGAAGUCCCAACCAAUCACAGCAAUGCAGUGUUCACCAUGAGACACGCCCACAGCACAUCAGCUCCGCCCACCUCAGCCUGGAGGGUCCCAGUUCUACUGUCAUCUGUUUCCAUGGCACUGGUGCUGUUGUAACCAUAGAGUGAACUAGAACCAGAACCAGUUCCUUCCCCAGAACUAAUGCACAGUAUACAAGAGCUGAGUUAGGAGAUGUGGCUUUCAUUAAGCCAAGACUGAAGUAAAAUCUGCCUAGAGAUUAAAGCACAUCAGCCAACAGACUGAAGCAGACGUGAUGUGGGAGCCGUCUUAAUCUUGGAUUGUUCCUGGGGGAAUUCAUGUUGUGUACGGUCUUGAGUUUGUGCAUGGAGGACGGUGUGUCUGUGACUCGGGUAUGUUCCAGCCAGCCUGGAUGCCUACAAUAAUGGACAUUUCCGCCGCAACAGGACUGCCACAGAGGUGCUCAGCCCAACCUGGAUCUGCUUCUAGGUACUGGGGGUAGGGUAAAUGGUGAAUGGUCUGCAUUUAUAUAGCGCCUUUAUCCAAAGCGCUGUACAAUUCAUGCUUCUCAUUCACCCAUUCAUACACACACUCACACACCAAUGGGAACUGGCUGCCAUACAAGGCACCGACCUGAUCCACAGUCUUGCUAAGGGACACCUCGACACACCAAGGGUGGGAUCAAACCGGAAACCCUCCGACUGCCAGACAACUGCCAGGCGACUGCCAGACGACUGCCAGAC